AUGCUGAAGGCUCUACAAAACAGGUCCAUCCGCCCUCUCAGUGCCUCUGCAUUUCCCUCCCAUUCCCUGUUUCUUAAACACUUCACCUGUCCUUCCAUCCCGCGUGACUUAAAUCCCACUGUUUCUGUUGAGCUGCCACACACGGUACCAUCUCCUGUUCAUGUCGAUUGCAUUAUUGCAAACGAUUGCCCGACCCAGCCUGUUUCUUUUGUCCAUGGAGCUCCGCUGCCUGCACUGCCACCCAAACGCUGCCUCGGUACCCAUAACGCUGGUGACUUUGCAGAAGAAGAUUCCAAGGACGCAGCCCUUUGA